AUGGCAGAUACUGCGAUCCCGAUUGAAUUGCCCGUCAUCGACAUCUCCGAUCCCCAUGACCCCGCCGUGGGGAAGGCCAUGCUCGAUGCGGCAGCCAAGUAUGGCUUUUUGUACGUGAACAGCAAGGGCACGGAUUUCGCGACCGAGGACGUGGACCAUGCUUUUGGUCUUUCGAAAAAGUUCUUUGCGUCUCCUGCCGCGGAGAAGGAGGUUUGCCGCAUCACGCCCAACAACCGUGGCUGGUCUGGCAUGCACACGGAGACCUUGGAUCCCGAGCAUCAGCGGACCGGUGAUUUCAAGGAAGCCAUGAACUUUGGCGACUUCAAAGAUGGCAAAGCACAGCAGCCUCUCCCAGCAUCGCUGGCACCCCAUGAGUCAGAGAUCUACGGCUUCGCCCAACUCUGCAACAAGACCUGCACCAGAAUCUUGACCCUGCUCUCCCUGGGUCUGGAAAUGCCAAAAGACUUCUUCACCACCCGCCACGACCCCAGCAUCGGACCCACAGGUAGCAUCCUCCGCUACCUCUACUACCCAUCCAUCUUCUCCCCAGCAACAGCCUCCUACAAGCACGACAAAGACGUCCGAGCCGGCGCCCACUCCGACUACGGCAGCAUCACCCUCCUCUUCCAACGGCCCGGCCAGCCGGGACUAGAGAUCCUCACGCCAGAGGGAUCCUGGGCGCCCGUGCCCAUCAUCCCCGGCAACAAGCCCGAUGAAUUCCCCUUCCCGCCCAUCCUGGUCAAUAUCGGCGAUUUACUGAGCUAUUGGACCGAUGGACUGCUCAAGUCCACCGUGCACCGGGUGGUGUUUCCGUUGGAGGAACAGCGGAGCCCGAACCCGCAGGAUCGAUAUACGCUUGUGUAUUUCUGCCAUCCGGUUGAUACGACGGAGUUGGUGCCGGUGCCGAGUGAGAUUGUGGCCGCGCACCGGGAGAAGACUGGUGGUUUGAAGGGGGAUGGGGCGGUUGGAUUUGGAGGUGGUGCGGGGAGUUUGGAGCCUGGGAAGAGGCCGUUGACGGCGGCGGAGCAUUUGGAGUCCCGGCUGGCCGCGACGUAUGGGUUUACCAAGGAGGAAUAG